GUCCAGACCCCCUCUAAUGGUUAAGUGAUGUGAACCAUUGAGCUAAAAGGCCCACGCGAUUCGAGUCUUUUGACAUUGGCGCUCCUUAACGAAUAGAGUCCUAAAGGCCUUUAGGACUCUACUUAAUGAAUCGGGGUUCUUAUGAAAUUUUCAUAGCUUCGCUCGCAUCGCAAGGCGGCGGCGGCUUUGCACUUCGCACGUGUUUGUUUUGAUCAGUCGCGCCGGCUUGAAACCAUAUCUUUGAUGAGUUCUUUCGCGUCCAAAGCUAUGUCGGAGUCGAGUUUUCUAGCGGGGCCACGCCCCAUCGUGCCUCCGGGCCCUGUCCCCAUCGCCGUCGAUAAGCACUACGACUUCCUUGACUGGAGUCCAGAUGGAGAGUCUCUUUUCCUCGGAACGUCAGAAUUAACGUCGCGUUCCUGGGCAGGCUCGAUAUGGGUGUUCAAUUCCAAAGAAACACAAUGUGCCAACAACAACAAACCGUGGCGACCUCAAGCUGACGAAUGUGUUGUUGGUGCUUCAAUGGAUUGUGGUGUCACAGUGGGGCGAUUCAUGAGAUGUCCUGACAGGUUGGUUGUAGGCUGUGAUUCAGGUGCGGUGCAAGUCAUUGGACUGAGGCAAUACGGUGAAGCCACGAAGCUGGAGGGCGAAGGUAGUUUGUCUGAACAUAAUGAUACUGUUUUGGACAUUGAUGAUCUUGGUGGAGAGGGAGUAGAGUAUGUAACUUGUAGUCAAGAUAAGAGUAUUAAAGUUUGGGACCUGGAUGUCUUAAUUUCAACUCGGACAUUUUCUCCUGCACAUGCCCAUAUUGUAACGUCUGUUAGGGCCCAGCCUUCUCAAUCUAAAUGCUUUGCCUCCUGCGCUCGUGAUGGCUCUGCCCUUCUUUGGGACAUCAGAGACGAUAAUCCUGCAUCUAAGAUUAUGGACCCAUGUGGUGUCGGCCUCACAUCACUUGCUUGGGUUGAUGAGACAAAUAUUGUUGUUGGAGGUGUUAGCGGGCAACUAAUUGUUAUUGACAUCAGAAAUAUAAGUGACAUCAAAUUCAAGUUGCAGCUUGACCACAGGCCAGUGCAUUCAUUGAAAUCUAUUCCAGACAACAGUGGCCUUGUAGGUGUUUGUCAGGAUAAUUCCAAAGUUUCUGUUGCACAGUUUGAAGGAGAAAGCCCACAAAUCUUGUACUCUAAUGAUAGCCAUGGAGAUUUUGUGCGGGGACUAUCAUGGCACCCUCAAAAUUUUUCUCUUUGGUCAUGUGGAUGGGAUUCUUACAUCAUGCCCCACAUUCCCAGAAGUGUUAAUGGUUCAACAUAGCCUUUAACUCCGACAUUUUUUUUUGUAUCACCUGCUAUAUUCUAAAAUUAAUCUUGGAUUAUUCCAUAAUCACUUGAAAAACUUUCAGAAAAAAUGUAAUUCUUAAUGAAAUUUUCCUUUAGUACUUCACUCCAAUUAUUUGAAAUCAGUACCUAUUUUUAUAUUGAAUAUAACUUGAAUGAAAUGAA